UACUGUUUGGUGAUCAUAAACUUACCAUAUUCAUAACAACUCAGAAAAGUUGUGUUUUUCAAACAUAAAUCGAACUGCCUGCCUUCAUAUAAAAAUAAGUCAAAGGAAUUUAAAGAGCGCGUCGUGAUUUUAGGUUUUUCUUUAAAACAGAAUCUCUAAACAAGAGGCAGAAAACGAGAAAUUGAAACACACUAGCUCCGCGUUUAUUCAUUUAUCAUAUUCAUUCGAAUGUCCUCCUCGUCAUAGGCCCACUCUCUUAAUAUCCCUACAUUAUGAAUCAUGUGUUCCCCGUGAGAGGACCGGGUAUCGGUGUGACGCCCCUCCCCGUGCUCAGGACCGUGGAGCUGCGCACACAGACGGGACAGAAGACAGCGUCGGUCCGGUCGAAACUCGCCGAAACACACAAACGAGUGAUGUCAGAGUCUGCAGGCCGCCCUUCCUCUGUCUCCUCCGUCUCUUCCAUCUCUCUGGUGGAGGUCAAGGCUGAGACUCAUCUAGUGAUCCAAGCUUUCCUCCAUCGAGCCCUCGCCAUCCCCUUGAAAGAGAGGCCUGGCACAGUCGGAGGGGCCUACAAAGAGCACAGCAAGUACAGCUCCAAGACACAACCAAAAGCACAGAAUGGCUUGGAUUCUCAAGCCGAAGACGCCAAUUCAGCAGAUGAGAAGAAGACUGGAUUCAAGGACUUGAUAAAGCAGCUUCGUCCUGCCCAAGACCCUAAAGGCUCAUUGGACAGAGACAGUAAGACGAGAGUGUCACACCUCAGAGAUCAAACAGAAGAUGGUGUCAAACUCCCCUCCUCUACAUCAGAAGAAGAUGAAUGCGAGAAGAAGCAGAAUAAGAAGACGAAGCAAAAGAAGUUAAGAAAAAAGCUCUCCAAGUUCUUCAGGGGAAAGUUAGAGAAACAGGAGAAAGAGGGGCGUGACCCUCAACCUCAGAGACCUUCCACAUUGCCAAUCGAUAAAGAUGUAGAGAUCCCCCCAGCCCUCAUCUCUCCCAACCACCCUCCUGAGUUCUACAAUGAAGUAGCAGAGAAACUGGAAAAGAUUGCCCAGAGGUCUACCAGUACAAAGAAACUGAGUCCCACAGUCCAGCCUUCACCAGUUUUUGAGAAAGAUGCAGUGGUGCAGCAGCUUGCUCAGGUGCUGUCUUUGGAGGGAGAUUCUAUCAACGUUAAGAUCGAGUCGGACCCCUUCCUACGCUCCAGCCUGGCCCGACUUUCCUAUGCAUCGUUUUCCAAGCUUUUAGACACUUUCGGCAGCAGCCUGGUAUCCGGGGCACCUGUCCAGCUGCCAACAGCUAGUCCAACGCUGCGCCGCAUGGCUGUCACCAUGGAGGUUUCACGGCGGAUAGUUACAGCCACAGGAGCCCAGCGCAUGCAAGGCUAUGCAGAGUGCUAUAUGGAGAGCUUUGCCCCCUGGGUCAAGAGCCAAGGAGGAUGGGUGAGUGAUACAUUAGAACAUUUUUAUCUUCCAUUAUUCCAUUAAAGAUCUCUCAUACAGAGACCAGUAUUCACAUAAGGACCGAACAUCAAGUAAUUGCCCUGGCCUGCAUGAAAGACUAAGGGUGGGACAUUUCCCACAAUAAAAGCCUUCCAGGAAAGUGAGGGAAGCAUAGGUGGCGCUAUUAUGAUGCUAGGGCUAAGUCUCCACUAAAUGGUCAAUGGUGGUUUAGCGACACAGGCUCAAUUAAAAAAUGAUGCUCAGUAGAUGGGUACCAGUGAUGUCCUGGGGGGAUUUAAGGACCCACUGUAGAGCCUCCUCUCCUGUGCUGUGCACAGCCCAUGCCAAUUCGUAAUGUUUCCAGUCAGGAUAUAGCCCUCCCUCCAUUUGGAAGACCAGAUCACAACCUGAUCCACCUUCUUCCCCUGUAUAAUGGUAUGUAUAUCCAGCAGCAGCCUGGGACUUGUAGGACCACAGUCCUACAGUCCUACAAGUCCUACAAGUCCUCACAAGGAGAUGGUCACAGGAGACCAAUGUGUCUCUGCAGGGCAGCUUUGCAAUAACGUACUGGGAUGUGCUCUGUAAUUCACAUGAACAGUGUUUGUGUAGGAAGGAGGUCCGGGUGGAUGGAUGGGUCAAACCAACACAAGACUUUCACUGAUGUUAGUGUCCUAUGUGAAACUAAAUUGACGUUGACUUGUUACCAAAGUGUUUUUGCGUAACUUACGAACUUAACUAACAACUAAUGUUUGUUACCCAAGAAACUUACUCAUUUCAUGCAAACACCCACACCUUGAUGUUUUCCUAAACCUAACCAAGUAAACUUCCAACCGAGGUAAACCCAGUUGGAAGUUUAUUUGGAAAAGACACAAUGCAUGUAAUGAGUGGAAACUUGCAUAAAAAACCGCAUUGAUAAGUAGAUUACGGCGAUGGCUUCAUGUGUGGUAUUAGAGAACGUUACAUACAUACCGUAAAACAAACAAGA